ACAACAAAUCAUGUGCAAAACCAGCUAAAAUUGUAGAGAAGAAGAGAGAGAGAUCCGCGUGAAAUAAAUACAGCUAACCAACUCCUCAACUGUAAAAGCUCUCUAUAAUAUAUGUGCAGCAAAUGAAUUAGCCUUCACUUGUUGCUCUGGCUUUUCAACCAUCCAUGGAGGUGAAGAGAUCGUCAUGGAAAUGGUGGUGGGCCGUGGUGAGUGCGGUGGUUUUGGUAAUGCAUGGGUGUGCUUCAGCUCAACAGGUGCCUUGCUACUUCAUAUUUGGUGAUUCUUUGGUGGAUAAUGGGAAUAAUAAUCAACUAACGUCGUUGGCUAGAGCUGAUUAUUUGCCUUAUGGGAUCGAUUUCAACCCUCCUGGUCCUACUGGUAGAUUUUCCAAUGGUAAAUCCACUGUUGAUGUCAUUGCUGAGCUCUUGGGUUUCGAUGAUUAUAUUCCUCCCUAUGUUAGCGUUAGUGGUCGAGAAAUACUCAGAGGGGUAAAUUAUGCAUCAGCGGCCGCCGGAAUUAGAGAAGAAACUGGCCAGCAACUUGGAGGCCGCAUUAGUUUCAGUGGUCAAGUAAGGAACUACCAAAAUACAGUGUCUCAAAUGGUGAACUUGCUGGGAGAUGAGGACACAACAGCAAAUUAUUUAAGCAAGUGCAUAUUUUCCAUUGGAUUAGGGAGCAAUGAUUAUCUUAACAAUUAUUUCAUGACUCAAUUCUAUUCAUCCAGUAGGCAAUAUACACCAGAGCAGUGGUCAGAUAUUCUUAUCCAACAGUACACUCAACAAUUAAGGAAUCUGUACGACUAUGGAGCAAGGAAAUUUGUGUUGAUUGGAGUGGGUCAAAUUGGGUGCAGCCCAAGUGAAUUGGCUCAAAAUAGCCCAGAUGGUAGAACAUGUGUUGAGAGAAUCAACUCUGCCAACCAGAUUUUCAAUAACAAGCUCAAAUCUAUUGUUGAUCAAUUCAACGGCAAUACCCCAGAUGCUAAAUUUAUCUAUAUCAAUGCUUAUGGAAUUUUCCAAGACAUUACAAGCAAUCCUGCAAGAUAUGGUUUUACGGUUACAAAUGCUGGGUGCUGUGGUGUGGGGAGGAACAAUGGUCAAAUUACAUGCCUGCCUAUGCAAAAUCCAUGCCCAAAUAGGAACGAGUAUUUGUUUUGGGAUGCAUUUCACCCAACGGAAGCAGCAAACACAAUAAUUGGUAGAAGAUCUUACAGUGCUGAAUCUCCGUCGGAUGCUUACCCAUUUGAUAUUCGCCAUCUAGCACAGCUCUGAAGAUGGAGAUGGUGGUGGUGAUGAUAAAUUAUAUGAUUUAUUAAAUUUUAAUGUGUUGUGCAGUUUGGGUUUUGUGUGGUUAGAAUAAUUAAAAGUGCACAUGUGUAGCUAUUGAAGUUUGGGUAUAAUUUUGAUUGAGAAUGUGUAAUGGGAUGUUAAUUAGCCAUGGUAAAUUCAAUUAAGAUCAUUAGCUUAUAAGCAAUCUCAGAGUUGUAUUAAGCAAGCAAUGCAAUAAAAUUACAAUUAUUUCA